CAUUGUGCUCCUCAUCCCCACCACUCCAGGAUGGCUCCCCCCGAUGCCUCUUUUCAUACUUUGCAAACCAUCGACCACAAUGCCGGCCAUCAAUUUAAGCUCCCAGUCAAGUGCAUUCAUGACGGCAGCGAUGUUUCUUUUUUCCUUACUAGCAAAGCCUACACGGAUAUCAUGACUUUUCUCUUCCAGCUCAAUACGUCCAUGUUUCCUCGCAAAAUUAUUGAUCAAGAGCAGAAAGUUACGAGUGUAAAAGAGUGGACUCUCGAGGAUCCAGAUGUCAACUUCCCCAGCAUAGUACAGAACCUCUCUCAACUCAUAACAACUCUGGAUGCCAUCAUCGACAGUACGCCACCAGAUCCUGGCCCCCGUCGAUUUGGAAACGUUAGUUUUCGGAAGUGGUAUGCCCAGGUCGAAGAGUGUAUACCGGAUCUUCUGAAUCAGCACCUACCUGCAGAAGUCUUAUCGAGCAACCCCGAUUCCGAUAUCAAACCAAGUGUAGAACUGCAGGCGUACUUGCUAGGCAGCUUUGGAAGCGCCCAACGACUGGACUAUGGCACCGGACACGAAUUAAGCUUUGUUGCUUUCCUAGGGGGCUUGUGGAAAUUGGGCGCGUUCCCAAACUCUACUGAUGGGAGCUCUGAGCGAGCCAUCGUACUCGGCGUCAUUGAGCGAUAUCUUCAACUCAUUCGGCGCUUGAUAUUGACCUAUACCCUGGAACCUGCAGGGUCCCACGGCGUCUGGGGCUUGGACGACCAUUCGUUCGUUUCCUACAUUUUUGGGUCUGCACAGUUUGCUCCUGCGAUAUCGUCUCCCUCGGAAAUCGUCACAGAGGGUUCUUUACCAGACGCGCCCAAUCCCGCGGACGUUGCAAAGGCGAAUGCCGUUGAACGGGAGCGUAAACGCAACAUGUAUUUUAGUGCCAUUGGUUUCAUCUACGACGUCAAAAAGGGUCCGUUUUGGGAGCACAGCCCCAUUCUGUUCGACGUCUCGGGGGUCAAGGCAGGCUGGGCUAAGAUCAACAAGGGUAUGCUAAAGAUGUACAACGCCGAGGUGCUGUCCAAAUUUCCCGUCGUGCAACAUUUCCCGUUCGGUUCAUUGUUUGCUUGGGAGCGAGAUGCAGCCGCCGAACAAAUCCAAGCCAGUGUACACACAUCCAGCCAGCCCCGAUCCAGCGCGAGCGCAAGGCCGCAGCAACCACUGCGAGAUGCAAUGGCGGAGCCGAGCAUGUCAAACGUCAGAGGAGGCCCUCCGCCAAUGAGCGGCACAGCAGCACCGUGGGCGUCAUCGCGUGCACCUGCACCAGUCCCCGCCGGACCCAACCAGCCCACCAAAGCACCGUGGGCAUCCAGGACUCCUCUUCCGCCUGCUGCUGGUGGAAGCAGCGCGGCUCAAGCGCGAGGUAUGGCAGCACCCCAACGUGCAGUGCCUGCUGCUAGGGCUCCGGCAGCGGACAGACAGCCAUCACACCAGGAAAGCAAACCCGGCCUUCCUCGAUGA